GUCCAGAAGCUACAAUGCAUGUGUCCAGUAGAUUUCAGAGGGGUGUUCCAGCUGGACGAGAGAAGGAGGGAUGCGGUCAUAGCUCUGGGCAUCUUCCUGGUUGAGUCGGACCUACAGGUACAUUGAACUGGAGCAGCUAGGCCUACUCUCUGACACUGUUAAUGGUUGCGUUUAUAUAAUGCUUUAUAUGGGACGGAUGUUCCCUGAGUCCCUGACCCUCUCAGACCAAUAACUGGCUCUUAUCUCAGCACCUUGUGUGCCCCCCUUCGCUGUUUAGCUCCUAUCCCAGAACCUUGUAUGCCCCCUUAGCUGUUUAGUGUCUUUUGCUCGAGUGGUUUGUGAUUUUAUGUUUUUAUUGCAGCACAAAGACGCUAUCGUCCCCUACCUGCUGGGGCUGCUGAAGGGACUUCCCAGAGUUCAAUGGAUCGAAGAAAGCUCUGGAAGCAAGGGACUUGGUAAGGAAGGAGCAUUUGUCUGUCUCGUAACAUUCCGUAUGAUGUCUAAUUCAGCCUAUCUGACUGGUUGAUGAUCUAUCUUCCUGUCCUGCAGUGAUCCUGCCGGUAGCAGAGAACUUCUCCUUCUGUCUGGGCACUCUUCUAUCUGACGUUGCCCAGCGAGAUGACACCUUGCGAGGACAGAUCCUGGAGGCCAUCAUGGACAUAAUGCAGGUCCUGCUGGACAUCUGCCUGAAACCAGAGAGCCAUGAUAAAGGUACCAGCAUGCUCUCUAUGCCACAAUUUCACUUUCACCAGUGUUAGUUCCUGGUUAGUUAUCGAGUUAUUUUCUCUUGUCCUCCUCACAACCUUUGGGAUGUACGUAGAUGGACAGAGAAAGCGCAUAAAAUGAAAAAAGCAGCCGUUCACCUGUCUGUCUCUUUCUCUCCCCCCUCUCCCUUCCUCCCUAGAAUACAUGUGCCGGUACACUGUGCCCUGCCUGUUGGGUGUGGCCCGAGCCUUUGGUCGCUAUAGCAACACGGAGGAGCCCCUGCUGUCCAAGCUUUUUCCGCGGGUGGGAGCCCCGCCCCUUUCCGGUGCCGAGGAAGCUGACCCGUCUCGACGGCGCUCCUUCAACGACUUCCGCUCCAUCAUGCCGGCCUCGCUGCUCACAGUUUGUCAGGGUGACACCGUCAGAUGCAAAGGAAGCUCCGUGUCCAGCAUAUCACAACAGGUACUAUUACCAUACUAUACCAAUACUACUACCAUUACUACUGCUACACCAUAGUUACUGCUCAUCGUGUGUCAGGGAGACACCAUAAGACGCAAGGGCUCUCCUCUUUUACUAUUUCUAUAUCACUACAGAGAAUACAGCAGUAGUAACAUAGCCUACCACUAGAGGUCAGAGGAAGCUCGUAUUUGAAAUGUCUGAAAAUUGUAUUUUCCUCUGUGUCUGUAGGCCAGUCCAGAGAGAGCAGGACUGACCCUCAGCUCCCCAGCUGAUCCCUCCGCACAGUACUUUGAAGGUGAGAAAAUAUAAGAAAGGCAAUAUAUUUCUCAAGUAUCAGUUGAUUAUUUAUGACUCACUUUUGGACUGAUCCUUUUCUCACUGUCUCUCCCUCCUAUCCCUCCCUAUCCCGAAAAAAGAAGCGAGAACGAAAAGAGAACCCCCUCCAGCUCUCUCGAGAUCCCAGCCUCCAAGCGAGAAAGAAAGAAAGAGAAAACCCCAUGAACGAAAGAAGAAAGCCUCUGCUCCACUCCCGACCUCCCUCCUCCCAAGACCCUCCCCCUCCUCACGAGAGAAAAAAAAGAAAGAGAAACCCAAGAAAUCCUCCGGAACGAAAGAUCGAACGAAAGAAGACCAAAAAAACGCAGAGAAACCAGCCCGAAGAGAAGCAAGAACGCAACAUCCCAUCCCUCUCUAUCCCUCCCUCUCUAUCCCUCCCUCUCUAUCCCUCCCUCCCUCCCUCCUAUCCCUCCCUCUCACCCUCCCUCUCUCUAUCCCUCCCUCCCUCUCUCUAUCCCUAACUCCCUCUCUCUAUCCCUCCCUCCCUCUCACCCUCCUUCCCUCUCUCUAUCCCUCCCUCCCUCUCUCUAUCCCUCCCUCCCUCCCUCUCACUCACCCUCCCUCCCUCCCUCCCUCUCUCUAUCCCUCCCUCUCUAUCCCUCCCUCCCUCUCUCUAUACCUCCCUCUCACCCUCCCUCCCUCUCUCUAUCCCUCCCUCCCUCUCUAUCCCUCCCUCUCACCCUCCCUCCCUUUCUCUAUCCCCCCUCUCACCCUCCUUCUCUCUCUCUCCAGGCUCCUAUCUCCCUGAUGGUAGUGCUGUGGACCCAGACUAUUAUUUCUCCACCAUCAGUUCUAGUUUCUCUGUGUCUCCUCUGUUCACUGGCAAUGCCCAGGGAGAAUUUGAUGUCCCUCUGGACAUUCUGCGCAAGCUCCUCAACAUGGUCAGUACAUGUGUAGAAUCAGAAUGAGUAUAACUAUAGAAUCAGAUUGGAUAGAACUAUAGAAUCAGAACGGGUAGAACAUCGUUUUUCAGAAUUCAUUUCUGAGUGUUCUGUUUGUCUUAUGCAGGUUGAGCAGUUUGUCGCUGAAUCCUUUCUGAAAACACUGGAUGACACCCUGCAGGAACUUCUGGAGGUAGGUUCAUUUCCCCUCUAUUUUAAUUAAUGCACUUUCCUGUGUAGUCCUCAAGAUAAAUGUUACAUCAUGUUUGUUGUGUUCUCUCCCUCUAGUUGAACCCAGGUAUGCACCUGUACUACAGGACCUUCAGUGAUCCUCUGUAUGUGGCCAUCUUCAAGAUGCUCAGAGACACGUUGUACAACCUAAAAGGUAACAAACCCACUGAUCUCUCACCCUAACCUUUAAAGGUGGAAAUCUGCAGUUGCUACAUACAUUUUUGGUCUUAUAAAUGAAUGAUAUACCCAUUUAUUCUUGAAGAAUAACUUAUAAAUGCCUCUUGAACUCAACUGUCGUACCCCAUCAGAACUCAAAAGAUACGUUUGUUGUACUCCAUUGUUUAUAAACAAUGUUUUGUUAACAAAUGCUGUACAGCCUCAAAACAUGGUUAAAACUAUCAUUUUGAUUUGGUCAGUCCUUGCAUCCGUAGCUCUAUUUAUGAAUUUGAGAGUGGUUACAUUUCUCCAGCCCCAUCCCUCAGCUGUUUAUCAACACCAGUAGCGGUGUUAUUGUUUGAACUGCAGAUUUCCCCUUUAACCUGACCCUAACCUUUAGCCUAACCUUUACAAUACUAUCUCUAAUAUACAGAAAGCCUCUGAUAUGACCUGAUUUGCUAUUGUUCUGAAGCAGUUCAGCAGACUGUUUACUACAUGUGUUUAUGACUGUUUUACUAGCAUGUUAUUAAUGUUGGUAUGAUUGUGUUCCCAGACCUGCAGACGGGCUAUGUGAAGGAGGUUCAUGACUUUGUGCUGGAGCAGUUCAGUAGCAGCCAAUCGGAGCUGCAGAGGAUCCUACAUGACGUAGAGUACCUCCACAGUGAGCUGAGUCCUCUGAAGCUACGCUGCCAAGCUAACGCUGCCUGUGUCGACCUCAUGGUCUGGGCUGUCACUGAGGAGCAGGGUAAGAGAGUGUGUGUGUGUGUGUGUGUGUGUGUGUCGAUCCGUGCGCAUGUAUUGAACAAUUUGGAAUGAAUUGGACACGUAAAAAAAUAUAUAUAAAUCAGGUCAUUAAUUUAGAAUGAACACAAACCAACUGUUGUUCAUGUGUUUUGUUUUGAUCAGGAGCUGAGAACCUGUGUACCAAGCUGUCAGAGAAACUGCAGUCAAAGACGUCCAGUAAAGUCAUCAUCGCUCACAUGCCCCUGCUCAUCUGCUGUCUCCAGGUAGGGCCUGUGAUGCCGAUAGUGGUUUCCUCCAAGUCUGUUCCUAUUUUUAUCUGUCUUCACAAUAUUGUGUUGAUAAGAGUGCCAUAAUACGAGUAUCAUCAUACCUAAUACAAAAUGUCCUGUGUGUGUGUGUAGGGUCUGGGUCGUUUGUGUGAGCGGUUCCCGGUGGUGGCCCACUCUGUCACCAUGUCUCUCAGAGACUUCCUGGUGGUCCCCUCUCCUGUCCUGGUCAAGCUGUACAAGUACCACAGCCAGUACACCACAGGGACUGGAGAGGUCAAGAUCCACGUGACCAAUGAGCACUCCCAGUCUACGUUCAGUGCUCAUGCUAAUAAGAAGAGCCAGCCCUCGAUGUAUGAACAGCUCCGAGACAUCUCCAUAGACAACAUCUGCAGGUAAGGAAAGGAAAGACGACAUGCUGUAUGAAACGACUUUUGAUUUGAAAGAAGAGAAAUAUGAGCAAUGUUCGCUCCUUUCAUUGGUCGCGGUAACCAAGUAUGCGCUCUGUUUUUUUCUCUUCUCUCCACUCUUACUCUAUCUCUUUCUUUCUCUCUCCUCUCUCCCUCCUCUCUCUCUGCCCCCCCCCCCCCCCCUUCUCUCAGGUGUCUGAAGGCAGGUCUGACAAUGGACAGUGUUAUAGUGGAGGCUUUCCUAGCCAGCCUGUCCAACCGUCUAUACAUCUCUCAGGAGAAUGACAAGUAAGUCUAUCUGACCCAUCCCAACAUUACCUCUUACUUUACUUAUUAACAGGCUGUACUACCUCUGAGAAAUAACUGUCAAUGUUAGCUAGUGAACCUCAGGUGAUCUUGCUACCUAGAAAGACAAUCCUGCAGUGUUUGACAGGAGCUCUAACCAAUCCCCAUCUCCGUGGCAAUGACUCGCAGCCCCUCUGACCAACCGUAUGUCUCUCUCUCCCCCCAGAGAGGCCCACCUGAUCCCAGACCACACCAUCAGAGCGCUGGGUCACAUCGCGGUGGCACUGAGGGACACGCCCCGCGUCAUGGAGCCCAUCCUGCAGAUCCUACAGCAGAAGUUCUGCCAGCCGCCUUCACAGCUAGACGUACUCAUUAUAGAUCAGCUGGGAUGCAUGGUCAUCACUGGGAAUGUGAGGCACACACACACUUGAUCCUGUCUUUUCCCCUCUCUCCCCUUAGCAAAACAUCCCUCAGUAAACUCACCCCCUCCCCUCUCUCUCUCUCUCUUUCUCCUCUCAGUAAACUCACCCCCUCCCCUCUCUCUCUUUCUCCUCUCAGUAAACUCACCCCCUCCCCUCUCUCUCUCUCUCUCCUCUCAGUAAACUCACCUCCUCCCCUCUCUCUCUCUUGUCUCUCAGUAAACUCAUCAUUUUCUCUCUCCUCACAGCAAUAUAUCUACCAGGAGGUGUGGAACCUGUUCCAGCAGAUCAGUGUGAAGGCCUCCUCCAUGGUCUACUCCAACAAGGACUACAAGGACCACGGAUACAGGUAUCCUUAGCCCCUACACCUUUACCCCCUAGCCUAUCCCCAGUGGCGAACCAUGACUAAGCCUUCAGAGGGACCAAAAAUCUUCCAAUACGUUGUAUCAAACUAAAAAAAUCAAGAAAAUAACAGAAAGCAUAGCAUCACUUAAUGCGCCCGACAUUAUAUCUUCUGUAGUUGGACCAUCCUAGUUCUAGUGAAGGAGGAGCAAUGCUUUUUGAUGACAUUAUGAAUGAAUCAAACAGGCCUGGCUGCGCUUCGGGCUGCUGCACAAACAGAGACAGAACCGGUACGGACACGACAUGUGACACACAGCAUAAAAUAAUGCGACCAGCAAUACAAAAACACAUUGACCAGGUUUACAUGCGCACAGUAUUCCGGAUAGUAGUUCAUAUCCCGCUUAAGGUCUUAUUCAGGGAUAAGCUGUUUACAUGUACCUUUGAUAUCCCGCUCACUAGUAUCCCUGUAACCAUGAAUAAACAGAAUAUUCCUAAUUGAAGUUCAUAAAGGUUAAAUGGAAUAGUAACUGAAAUCUGGACACUGACUAUAAGCCUAUAACCUCUCACAUGUAGCCUAAUAUAAUAUUAACUCCUGCAGAAUUAUGCAUUUCUUGCAGUAAAAUGAUAUAACAAAUGUUCAUUUAGUCUCGGGAACAGGAGUUGAGAAAUAUGCUUUCUUUCUUUCAGCAUCUGUUGAGAAAAUGCAAAUGCGUGUGUAACGUGUUGUCUUUGACACUGAUAUGCAAGCAGACAGUAUUUCAACCACAUAAAAUAUGCACCCAAGACGAACUGAAGUCUUAUCAGAAACGUGUUUCAUCCAUUUCUCAGCUUUUCCUUAAAACCGGUCAAACUGAUGACAUUUGGACAUUUUGCACAGGAACAAUCUUUCCACUGUUGUGGAGUUAUUGCGUUUUCUCCCCGGUUCCUAAACGAAACAGACAACUUUACCGGUGUCAACUAGAUUACUAUUGCAUUCAUUCUAUCGAUGUAAGACAUUCUGGUGAGCACUGCUUUAUUUAGUCUUCUGGGGCAACAAGUUAUGACAGAAGAGAAGCUGCAUGUAUCUAUCUAACUAUAGUUGACAAACAAAUGGCCUACCAAAUGUCGGAAAUUAUAAGCAAAAACGUAUUUAAAUUAGGCGUGAAAGUUGCAUAAGCCAGUAGGCCAGCGUUUCCCAGACUCGGCCCUCGGGACCCCAAGGGGUGCAUGUUUUGGUUUUUGCCCUAGCAUUACAGCUGUGUAGUACUCCAGCAAAAACCAAAAACGUGCACCCCUUGGGGUCCCCAGGACUGAGUCUGGGAAACGCUGCAGUAGGUUAUAUGGUCCAGUAGCCUGCGGAGUAUCAGCAAAACAAAUUAUUCUAGAUUUAUUAUGGUGGAUCGAACUGCGCAGGUAGCCUACUUUUUGAAGUGAUUUGUUUGACAAUCGGAUGAAAACAUCAGCACACAACACCCGUGAUGUGCGGAACUGAGCCUGCGCAGACCGCGAAAAACAACAGUAAAUGAAAUAAGAUGUUUACAUGCCACAGUAUCCCGUCUAAGAUAAACAUAUCCCAGGCAUCUAUCCGGGUUUCUCAUAACGUGGAUACAAGCUUUUUCAAGUUAUUGUAAAUGGGAUAUGAUGUUUAUAUGCGUCAACUCAAAAAAAGAAUACUUGCGUAUCCCGAAUAAUAACGGGAUAUUGGUGUGCAUGUAAACGUGGUCACUGUUUACACAACCUAUGGUACCUAACACCACUAUCACACGAUCACCAAUAGCGACGACAACAGUGACACAUCAAAGGUGACAGGCUCGUUGUGCUGAAAGGACAGCGACCGUAAUACCUGUGCUCUCCAUGGCCUGAAGGAGAGCCAGUUUUGGUCGAACACAUAGACACGGCUGAUAGACAGGCGACAGCAGUCACACACAGCAUCACAUCAUGUUAAAGAAUAAGCAGCCCAUUCACUCCAGUAGGCCCCACGCAAUCAGAGCAAUACAAAUGGCAGAGGCCUUCUGUACAGCUUCUGAAGGUCUAGCCAAUGACUGGCUGAGAUAGAUUUCUCUACCCAGAUAACCAAAGAAAAAUCCUGAUAGGGUAUUUUCUUCUCUUCAGUAUUUACCCACUCGCUUUCCGACUAAAACUGAAGAGAUGAAAUCAGAAGAUCAUUACAAUUAUUGUAAAGAUGAAAUGGCAAUUGAAAUGUAAUUUAAAAAAUCUAUACAUUCUGUUUAAAUCCUCAGGCCUUCCCUGUUCCCCACGGUCCCCCACUGCCUACCCCUACUCACUGCCCAUAGCCAGCUCCAUGACCCACUAUACUAAAAACGAGUGUGUUCAUCUCACGUGUGUUUCAGACACUGUUCCCUGGCGGUGAUCAAUGCGUUAGCUAACAUAGCAGCUAACCUGGCCGCAGAGCAGAUGGUAGAUGAGCUGCUGGUCAACCUACUGGAGCUGUUUGUCCAGCUUGGACUGGAGGGAAAGAGGGCCAGCGAGAGGGCCUCGGACAAGGGCCCUGCACUGAAGGUACACUCCAUUUCCACAGUAACCAUGAUUUACGCUAGACUAUAGGGUUCCUCGACAACAGGCUUGUGUUAGACGUUGUUUUGCGUUGACAUAGUUUAGCUAUCAUUUUUUUUCUUUUCAGGCGUCAAGCAGUGCUGGAAACCUUGGAGUACUGAUUCCUGUUAUUGCUGUGGUAUGUGGGUUGCCUCUAUACAUUUUUAUUUUCAACGGUUUGUGCAGUAUUGCCUCUGUGCUUCGAGUGUCUAUACAGUACUACAUAUAUCAUCUAUACACUUAGUGUUGAUCUAGAUCUCCUCUCUCUGUGUAGCUGACAAAGCGUCUGCCGCCCAUCAAGGAAGCAAAGCCUCGUCUGCAGAAGUUGUUCAGAGACUUCUGGCUCUACUCUGUGGUGAUGGGCUUCGCUGUUGAGGGAUCAGGUGGGUGUUUAAGAUUAUAUUAACAUAUACUACAAUAUACCACCAGCAUUGGUAUACAAUAUAGAAUUGACUAAACUUGGUUUAAAUGGUGGGCUAAUAAUACCCAUUUGAUGGAAAGAUGAAAGUGAGUUUAUCAGGCUAACAGUCAUUCUGCUGUGUAGAAGUGCAUAGGUUUAUGAAGGGUUUUGUGUGUUGUGUAGGCCUGUGGCCAGAGGAGUGGUAUGAGGGAGUGUGUGAGAUCGCCACCAAGUCCCCCCUCCUCACCUUCCCCAGUGGAGAACCCCUACGCUCUGAACUACAGUACAACUCUGCCCUGAAGAACGACACUGUCACAGCAGUACGAAACGCAACCACACACUCAACACACACACAUACAUACAGAUCGUGUACAGACAUACACACACGUCCUACUACAAACACAUACACACACACUUGGCUGAUGUUCCCCGGUUGUCUGUGUGUGUGUGUGUUUUCAGGCGGAGCUGAAUGACCUGAGGAGCACCAUUAUAAACCUGCUAGAUCCUCCUCCUGAGGUGGCUGCUCUCAUCAACAAACUAGACUUCGCCAUGUCUACCUACCUACUGUCUGUUUACAGGCUGGAGUACAUGAGGUAAGGAAAGAAGGGAAAGAAAGCCACUUAGGACUAUCGAGAUGCACCCUGCUGUUUCUGUCUGUCUAGAGUGUAGCAGUUGGAGGGUAGUUAUAGAUAGUUAUAGGAAUCUCCCAGUCAUCCAUCUCUCCCCUCUUCUCUCGUCAGGAUGCUGCGUGCUCUAGACUCUGACCGGUUCCAGGUGAUGUUCCGCUACUUUGAGGACAGAGCCAUCCAGAAGGACAAGUCUGGUAAGCUACAUUACACAUGUAUUAGACUGCUAUUACACAUGUAUUACACAUGUAUUAUACAUUUAUUACGCGUAUUACACAUGUAUUUGGCGUUUAUUCCACAUGUUUUAGACAGUGAUAUAUAAUGAAUGUCUAAUGAAUGUAUCUUCUCUGUCUCCAGGUAUGAUGCAGUGUGUGAUAGCUGUUGGGGACAAAGUGUUUGAGGUCUUCCUACAGAUGAUGGCUGAGAAGGUAAGCUCGUCGGACAACAUUUAACACAACACUAGCUAUGGAGUCAUACAAUGAAUAUUUGAGGACCAUCAUAAGAUUCAAUCAAAACGGAGAAACUAAAAAACGUCUGAAAGUCAAGAACAACUGACCCUCUGUAGAGCUUGUCCUCUCCAAUGAUUGAUUGAUUGAUUAACUAAGUGUUGUUCUCUCUGUGUUUCUCUCCCCAGCCGAAGACUAAAGCCCAUGAGGAGGAGUUGGAGCGCCACGCUCAGUUCCUAUUGGUCAACUUCAACCACAUCCACAAGAGGAUCCGUAGGGUGGCCGACAAAUACCUGUCCGGUCUGGCCGAAACGUUCCCCCACCUGCUGUGGAGUGGCCGUGUACUGAAGACCAUGCUGGACAUCCUGCAGACCCUCUCCCUCUCCCUCGGCGCAGUACGGACACACACUCUCUUUUAACCACCUGUUAUUGUUAUUCUCUGUGAUCCUCAAUGUAUUGAGUUGUGCUCCUACUUUGUGUAAAGGACAUCCAUAAGGACCAGCCGUACUACGACAUCCCAGACACUCCCUACAGGAUCACUGUACCAGACACAUACGAGGCCAGAGAGGUAGGAAUGGGUGUUUGAUGUGUGUGUGAGUGUGUGUGUUUUCUGAGUGUUGCGCUGACGUUUCUCUGUGGUUGUAGAGCAUAGUGAAGGACUUUGCUGCUCGCUGUGGGGAGAUCCUGAAAGAAGCCAUGAAGUGGGCCCCCUCUGUCACCAAGUCACACCUACAGGUGAGCUACACACACACACACACACACACAUUUUGUAAAGGAAAAGCAGAUAGAAACGCAUUGCAGAUGUUCUGUCAAAUCAUUGUUCAAAAGAGCUUCUUGAUGGCUUUUUGAGGAAGUCAGGGUUUUAGAUGAAUCUUCUCUUAUUCCCUGUUUUUGAUGUUUUCACCAUAAUCUCCAGGAGUACCUGAACAAGCAUCAGAACUGGGUGUCAGGUCUGUCCCAGCACACUGGCCUGGCCAUGGCUACAGAGAGCAUCCUGCACUUCGCUGGCUACAACAGACAGAGCACUACGCUAGGGGUGAGAACACACACACACCUAAAAUGUAUUUCCAUUCAAAAGCCUACUUUCCCUAACACUAACACUAACCCUUACCUUAACCCCUAACCCUAACCCCAAUUCUAACCUUAACCCUAAUUGCAACCCUAAGCCUAAAAUAGCCUUUGUCCUAGUGGGGACCUGGAAAAUGUCCCAACGAGGGAGAAUUUUCCGUGUUUUACUACCCUAAUGGGGACUUUUGGUGAUUUCCGGUACCCACAAGGAUAGUAUUUUCCCUAACCCUAACUUUAACCCCUAAACCUAACCCUAACUCCUAAACCUAACCGCUAACCCCAACCUUAAUUUUAACCCUAAUUCUAACCCUAAACCUAACCCCUAAGCCUAAAAUAGCCUUUUUACAAGUGAGGACAGGCAAAAUAUCCUCACUUCUCAGAAUUGUAGGACUUCUGGUACUCACAAGUAUAGUAAAACGUGUACACACACUAACCAAGUCCCUUCCUCCCCUCCAGAUCACCCAGCUGACGGAGAGGCCAGCCUGUGUGAAGAAAGACUACUCCAACUUCAUGGCCUCACUCAACCUGAGGAACCGCUAUGCCGGAGAGGUACAGAGAGACACUACUACAGUUCUAGACAGUACUCCACUUAUUUCUUCUGAAUAAACAGAACAAUGUUGUGAGCAUUUGUGUGUCUGUGUGUGUCUGUGUGUGUCUGUGUGUGUCUGUGUGUGUCUGUGUGUGUCUGUGUGUGUGUGUGUGUCUGUGUGUGUGUGUGUGUGUGUGUUUGUUUCUCCCUCCAGGUGGCAGGAAUGAUCCAUUUCAGUGAGGCGGUGCAUAGCCAGUCAGACCUGUCCAGGCUGAUGGUCAGACAGAUGACAGAGGCUCUGGACAUCCAGAACCCUGAGGCAUUCACUGAGAACAUGUUCAAAUUGGCUGCUCUGCUUAUCAGCACUAAAGGUGUGUGUGCUGACAAGUUAACUUUGAUUUAGAAGGGAAUAAAGGCACCAUAUAGCCCAGGGGUGGGCAAUCAUUUUGGCUCGAGGGCGACAUCGGUCUUUCAAAAUUCACCGGACUUGCUUUUUCACCGGACCGAUUUGUUUGUCAAAAGCAAUUCGCAGGCCAGAAAAAGGGCAGCUUUUUGAAAACGGAUAGGUCCAUUAUAAUUUCUACAUACUUUCUAUCUAGUUUUAGACGUUCAAGAGUGGCCUGGAUUUAUUAUAUAAAAAAUAUAUAUACAGUGCCUUAGGAAAGUAUUCAGACCCCUUGACUUUUUCCACAUUUUGUUACGUUACAGCCUUAUUCUAAAAUGGAUUAAAUCGUUUUUUCCCCUCAUCAAUCUACACACAAUACCCCAUAAUGACAAAACAAAAACAGUUUUUAAGAAAUGUUUGCUAAUUUAUAAAUAAUUAAGAAACUACAAUAUAACAUUUACAUAAGUAUUCAGACCCUUUACUCAGUACUUUGUUGAAGCACCUUUGGCAGCAAUUACAGCAUCGAGGCUUCUUGGGUAUGACUCUACAAGCGUGGCACACCUGUAUUUGGGGAGUUUCUCCCAUUCUUCUCUGCAGAUCCUAUCAAGCUCUGUCAGGUUGGAUGGGGAGCGUUGCUGUACAACUAUUUUCAGGUCUCCAGAGGUGUUAGAUCGGGUUCAAGUCCGGGCUUUGGCUGAGCCACUCAAGGACAUUCAGAGACUUGUCCCGAAGCCACUCCUGCGUUGUCUUGGCUGUGUGCUUCGGGUCGUUGUCCUGUUGUAAGGUGAACCUUUGUCCCAGUCUGAGGUUCUGAGCACUCUGGAGCAUGUUUUCAUCAAGGAUCUCUCUGUACUUUGCUCCGUUCAUCUUUCCCUCGAUCCUGACUAGUCUCCCAGUCCCUGCCGCUGAAAAGCAAUUUCACAGCAUGAUGCUGCCACCACCAUGCUUCACCGUAGUGAUGGUGCCAGGUUUCCUCCAGAUGUGAUGCUUGUCAUUCAGGCCAAAGAGUUCAAUCUUGGUUUCAUCAGACCAGAGAAUCUUGUUUCUCAUGGUCUGAGAGUCCUUUAGGUGCCUAUUGGCAAUGUACCUUUUACUGAGGAGUGGCUUCCGUCUGGCCACUCUACCAUAAAGGCCUGAUUGGUGGAGUGCUGCAGAGAUGGUUGUCCUUCUGGAAGGUUCUCUCAUCUCCACAGAGGAACUCUAGAGCUCUGUCAGAGUGACCAUUGGGUUCUUGGUCACCUCCCUGAGAGAGGCCCUUCUCCACCGAUUGCUCAGUUUGGCCGGGCGGCCAGCUCUAGGAAGAGUCUUGGUGGUUCCAAACUUCUUCCAUUUAAGAUUGAUGGCGGCCACUGUGUUCUUGUGGACCUUCAAUGCUUUAGACAUUUUUUGGUACCCUUCCCCAGAUCUGUGCCUCGACACAAUCCUGUCUCGGAGCUCUACAGACAAUUCCUUUGACCUCAUGGCUUGGUUUUUGCUCUGACAGCACUGUCAACUGUGGGACCUUAUGUAGACAGGUGUGUGCCUUUUCAAAUCAUGUCCAAUCAAUUGAAUUUACCACAGGUGUACUCCAAUCAAGUUGUAGAAACAUCUCAAGGAUGAUCAAUGGAAACAGGAUGCACCUGAGAUCAAUUUUGAGUCUCAUAGCAAAGGGUCUGAAUACUUAUGUAAAUAAGGUAUUUCAGUAAAAAAAAAAAAAAAGAAUACAUUUGCUAAAUAUUAUUGAAACCUGUUUUCGCUUUGUCAUUAUGGUGUAUUGUGUGUAGAUUGCUGAGGAAAAUGUUUUAUUUAAUCAAUUUUAGAAUAAAGCUGUAACGUAACAAAAUGUGGAAAAAGUCAAGGGGUCUGAAUACUUUCCGAAGGCACUGUAUAUAUAGAUGUUUUUUUUACUCAAACCUCCCCCGGGCCAGAUUGAAUGGAUUCGGCCCACAGCCUUUUGUUCCCCUCUCUCUCUCUGUCUAACCCAUUAUAUUGAAGGCCUGUGUCUCUGUCUGUCUGUCUGUCUGUCUGUCUGUGUCUCUCUCUCUCUCUCUCUCUCUCUCUCUCUCUCUCUCUCUCUCUCUCUCUCUCUCUAACCCAUUAUAUUGAAGGUCUGUGUUGUCUCUCUCUCUGUAACCAAUUAUAUUGAAGUGUUGUCUCUCUCUCUCUCUCGCUCUCUCUGUGUAGAGUGUGAUCCUCAGCUGCUGCACCACCUGUGUUGGUCUCCUCUGAAGAUGUUUACAGAGCACGGCAUGGAGACGGCUAUCGCCUGCUGGGAAUGGCUGCUGGCUGCUCGCACUGGAGUAGAGGUCCCGGUAAGCAUAUUGUAGACAUCUAUUGCUGGAGUUGAAGUACCAUUGUGUAUUUGUGUGGAAAGAGUGGUGGGACCCGGAUUCAAACCCACACUAACACAGUUAUUAUCUCUCUCUCUCUCUCUUUCUCUUUCCCUUUCUCUUUCUCUGUAGUUCAUGCGUGAGAUGGCGGGAGCGUGGCAGAUGACAGUGGAGCUCAAGAUGGGCUUGUUCUCUGAUGCUCAGGUGGAGGCUGAUCCCCUAGCAGCCUCAGAGGAGAGUCAGCCUGUCCCCUGUCCCCCUGAGGUCACCCCUCACUGCAUUUGGAUAGAGGUGUGUGUGAGUUCAAUCCAGUUUGGUUAAAGUACUAGAGUAAGAGGAAUUCACUGCAUGAACAGCCCUACGUGUGCUGUUUCAAAGUUUUCAUUCCAUGCUCCCUCCCUCCCUCUUCCAACUCCUCUUCUGCUUUCUCCCUCUCUCUCUCUCCCUCCUCUAUCUCUCUCCAGUUCCUGGUUCAGAGGUUUGAGAUAGCUAAAUAUUCCAGUGAAGACCAGGUGGAGAUAUUCGGGAGCCUAUUACAACGCUCGCUCUCCCUCAAUGUGGGUGGGGCCAAGAGCAGCCUCAACCGCCAUGUAGCAGCUAUCGGACCCCGCUUUAGGUCCACACACACACACAGACACAUACACACACAAACACACACACAGACAUACACACACAGACACACACACACAGACAUACACACACACACAGACACACACACACACACACACAGACAGACAUACACACACACACACACACACACACACACUAGAUCCGGUUUCUGAUCCAGAGCAAAUUAACCACUCAUUGAAGCAAUGACGAUGUGUGUGUCUGUGUGUCUCUGUGUGUCUCUGUGUGUGUGUCUGUGUGUAGGCUCCUUACUCUGGGUCUAGCACUGCUCCAUUCCGACGUAGUCACCAACGCCACCAUCAGAAAUGUCCUCCGAGAGAAGAUCUACUCCACCGCCUUCGACUACUUCAGGUACACACACACACACACACACACACACACACACAAUAAGAGAGGAAGGAAAUUAUACUCCAUAGUCCUUCACUACUAACAUGGGAGAUAACUUUCCCUCUCUAAAUCAGCAUCUUUACCACUAGGAGAGAGUGUCAUGUUGACUCAAAACAAUAUGCGAUAUGACAUUUUAAUAAAUCGUUUGGGGAAUGGCCUCAUCUCCGAGGGAAGAUCCUCAAAGGCAGGUAGCCCUAUGCGGGGGAAGGGAGUUCCAAUGAUGGCCCUUAAGGUUAUUAUAGAUACUGGUGGUGGGGAGGUGGAUGGUUGUUGAAAACUUUUACUGAAAAACAGCAAGUGAGAGAAUGAGGGUAAGUUGACAUAGAAAUACAUCCCAAGAUUUACACCCAUUGGUUGAGAGAGAGGAAGAUGAUAAUUGCAAGAUUGAGCCCAUAGGUUAAACAGCAAGAGUGAGGAAUGUGCGUUAUUGGGCCAAUAGGCUGUAAGGUCAAUAGGUGAAUGACAUUCCACACAUGGCUAACAGGAAAAAGGAGAAGAAACAAGAUGCUAAGCUGAUAAUGAUAUGUUUGUAUUCAUUCCCACUAUGCCCCUAGAAUAGGAAACAAAGUGAAUGAUGUUAUGCUUACUGGAUGAAGUGAAAUGAGCAUUCAGACCAUUCUUCCUGAUUGAACUUUCAUAAACUACAUUAUCACAAACCUAAUUUGUGUUAUAAGCAGUUUUAAGAGUACAUGUCAUUUUUUCCUCCUGCCCCUCAUUCACCGCAAGUCAUUCACUGGCAGCUGAUGAUGGCCUAUCGAAACUAGGGGUGUGCCGACAUGGCCAUACUCGUAAUCGUAUCCGUAAAUUGACAGGUGAUAGUCAGAUUGGAUCGGAUGAUACUCGUGAUUGGGAGAAAAAAUAUAUAUAUAUUUGGGCAAAAUACCUCCCUGCACGUUGUCAAAGCUGCAGAUUAGGAGCAGUGUGCGGAAGGGUGGGCAGCAGCAAUUUAAAUGAUCAGACCGAAAACAUGCGAAGAAAAGUGAUCGGGUGAAAUGAUGAAGCGAGUGGAUGGUACAACCACACAAUUCCAACACAGAAAAAGCUGCUUUUUAAUAUACUUAUAUUGUAAGUAAUGAUAGGUCAUAUUUCAUAGAAUUCUGGAAAAGGAACAGUUACGUUAAAUUGUAUAUGAAGAAUCUGAUGAACAGCGCAGCUUGGAAUUGACACAGAGGCAGGUAAACGGAGCGCCAAAAAGUGACCUUUUUCAAAUUCUCCUACCGAAUCACAAGACGUUUUGAUGUCUAUAUAGAAUCAGAAAGACCAUAUUCUGCAGUUUCCAAAUCACCUAUCUCUGCCAAACAACUCUAUUUCUAAAUAUAACUUUUGGGCAGAAUUUCCGCGAUUCCAUGUGCUCCCAACUUGAACUCGCAACACUCAAAACACAGUAAUAUAUUUAAACUCAAAAUAUGCCAUUCUGUUCUUUUGAAAUGCAUUUUCUUAAAUUCAUAAUGUCCCUUAAGACCUGCUCUUAACGACUUUAUAAUGAAUGAUCUUUGUGGUCUUUAUUUAAUGGAUUUUAACCCAAAUUGUGGCGUUUUAGUGGUUUUUCAUUUGUACAUAUAGCCUACAGUUACAUAAACUAAUGAAAAUGUUAUUGUGUUCUUUGAAAUACAUUUUAUUUCAUAUUCUAAUGUUACCCAAGACCCUCAUCGUGCUCUAGUGACUCCUUAUGACAGGGCCGGGCGCCUGCAAGCUGACACCGGUCAUCAGUCAAACUGUGUUUCCUCCGACACAUUGGUGCGGCUGACAUCCGGGUCAAGCGAGCAGUGUGAUAAGAAGUAGGCGGCCAGGCGGGUCAUGUUUCGGAGGACGCAUGGCUCCCCUCUCCCUAGCCCAUUGAGCAGUUGCAGAGAUGAGCCAAGGGAUCUAAUUCAGGGAGAAAAUGGGGUAAAAAAAAUAUGCUGGUGGCCAGUUUAGUACUGGGAGGAGACCGCCUGGGAAUACCAGGUGCCAUAAGCUAAAAUAUUAAUAAAAUAAAAUACAUCUAUUUAAUAGGCUGUUAGAAUGUUGACGUUCAAAACACUUGCCAUUGUUAACUAAUUGUAUACUUACUCUCUCUCGCUCUCUCACUUCCCUCUUCCUCUUUCCCCCCCCUCCCCCAUUUAGUGCCCCUCCUAAGUUCCCUACUCAGGGGGACAAGCGUCUGCGUGAGGACAUCAGCUUCAUGAUCCGGUUCUACGCCAGCAUCCUGUCGGACAAGAAGUACCUGGCGGCAUGCCAGCUGGUUCCUCCUGGUGAGCUAGGCGCCGUGCCAACCCCCAGCACCCUCUCUGCCGGGAUAUUCGGAUCACUAAUCGUGUCCAGCACUUCUCCGAUAUCGAUGCUAAGUAAGCCUACAGCGGUGGAGACACCGGCUGAUUAACAACAGCAUUGCAAGACUACAGGAGCAUGUUUUUACACAGGUCAAAUCUGACGUCUGAUCAGGCUCUUGCUGCAUUGCUCAAAGAUCGAUACAUCUUUAUAGUCUGUAGAAUCUCUCUCUUUAUCUAUAUAUCUAUUUAUUUCGGUCUCUCUCUUUUUCUCUAUUUAUUUCUGUCUUUUUCUAUCUCUUUCUGUAUCUAUCUAAUUCACGCUAUCCAUCUAUUUGUCUGCUGCGGAGCAAGGCGCAGAUUUGCCACCUCUGAUAAAAUGCAUGAUUGAUUAUUUAUAAUUAUUAUUCUACACAUUAUAUCAUGCCGAUCCGCCCCUCAGCUCGAUUUGUCAAUUUGUCAACAAAAAGAAAACAAACAAAUUGAGAAAUGUGAGACGUUCUUCUUCUCCACCACCCACACCGCUCCUUCCUCCUCUCCGUGUCCCUGGCGACCCCGAGAACAACCUGAUCUCACUCAUAACACAUCGGAUCGCGCCAGGUAGAAACUAGUCCUAACCACAGAUCUAGGAUCAGAUGACUCUACCCUCAAUGGUAACCCUUUUACCAUUAGGUGGGUGAAAUAAUGUCCGACUCUGUAUCAGCGGUUAGGGGUAAAUUCUACCACUGCCUGUGGGAACAACGCAUGGCCAUCUCAUAUAAUACAGGACUAACGCUAUAUAGCUCAUCAUAUCGCUCUUCAAAAACUCCUUCCUCUCCAUCGAAUGCUGAGACAAUGCUCACUACCUCAUUUAUAUUUCCCUCCGGUUCACAAUGUCUUGUCCAUGGAUGGUGAUGCAUGUCAGUGUGGAUUUAGACGAGAAUGAAUGCAUUGAGUGGUAGAGAGAGGGAUGCAUGCCAAUGUUGUUUUAGAUUAAUGCAUUGAGGGAUGGAGAGCGAGAAAGAUGCAGCUAGAGAAUGUGAAGGAAUGAGGCGUUAGAUGGACAGAGAUAAUUGCAGGAAGAGAUGGCGAUAGUUGAGUUUGUAAUGGAAAGAGAGAGAGAGAUAAAGAGAUAUGGGUAGACAGCGUUAAAUAAGGAAGGACCUGAGUUUUUGCUUAGUAGAUCACAUAGUCAGGAAAACCCUAGGGCCCAAAUAUUGAGGGAUAGAAAUACUUAGGGUGUGAUGUGUGUGUGUCUCUGCCUGCUGAGUGUCCCUGUGUGUAUGUCUUCCUGUGGCUGUCCAUCCAUCUGCGCGUGUGUGCCUAUAUACAGUGCCUUCAGAAAGUAUUCACACCCCUUGACCUUUCCCACAUUUUGUUGUGUUACAACCUGAAUUUAAAAAGGAUGAAAUUAAGAUUUGUUUUGUCACUGGCCUACACACAAUACCCCAUAAUUUCAAAGGGGUAUCAUGUUUUUAGAAAUGUUUACAAAUUAAUUAAAAAUGAAAAGUUGAAAUGUCUUGAGUCAAUAAGUAUUCAACCCCUUUGUUAUGGCAAGCCUAAAUAAGUUCAGGAGUAAACAUUUGCUUAACAAGUCACAUAAUAAGUUGCAUGGACUCACUCUGUGUGCAAUAAUAUUUUUUAUGAUUUUUUGAAUGACUAUCUCAUCUCUGUACCAUAAACAUCUGUAAAGGUCCCUCAGUCGAGCAGUGAAUUUCAAGCACAGAUUCAACCACAAAGACCAGGGAGGUUUCCCAAUGCCUCGCAAAGAAGAGCACCUAUUGGUAUAUGGGUAAAAAAUAAAAUAAAAACAGACAUUGAAUAUCCUUUUGAGCAUGGUGAAGUUAUUAAUUACACUUUGGAUAGUGUAUAAAUACACCCAGUCAAUACAAAGAUACAGGCAUCCUUUCUAACUCAGUUGCCGGAGAGGAAGGAAACCGCUCAGGGAUUUCACCAUGAGACCAAUGGUGACUUUAAAACAGUUACAGAGUUUAAUGGCUGUGAUAGGAGAACUGAGGAUGGGGCCAACAACAUUGUAGUUACUCCACAAUACUAACCUAAUUGACAGAUUAGGUUAGUAUUGUGGAUAAGGCACUAAGUAAAACUGCAAAAAAUGUGGCAAAUUAAUUAAUUUUAUGUCCUGAAUACAAAGUGUUAUGUUUUGGGCAAAUCCAACACAACACAUCACUGAGUACCACUCUUCAUAUUUGGUGGUGGCUGUUAUAGGUAUGCUUAUCAUCGGCAAGGACUAGGGGAGUUUUUUUUUGGAUAAAAAUUAACGGAAUAGAGCUAAGCACAGACAAAAUCCUAGAGGAAAACCUGGUUCAGUCUGCUUUCCACCAGACAAAUUCACCUUUCAGCAGGACAAUAACCUAAAACACGAGGCCAAAUAUACACUGGAGUUGCUUACCAAGAUGACAUUGAAUGUUCCUGAGUGGCCUAGUUACAGCUUUUACAUAAAUCGGCUUGAAAAUCUAUGGCAAGACUUGAAAAUAUCUGUCUAGCAAUUAUCAACAACUUGACAGAGCUUGAAGAAUUUUAAAAAGAAAAAUGUGCAAAUAUUGUACAAUCCAGGUGUGGAAAGCUCUUAGAGACUUACCCAGAAAGACUCACAGCUGUAAUCACUGCCAAAUGUGACUCAGGGGGUUUAAUACUUAUCUAAUCAAGAUGUAUUAGUGUUUUAUUUUUUAUUAGUUGUUUACAAAUGCUAGAAUUUUUCUUCUACUUUGACAUUACAGAGUAUUUUUUGUAGAUCAUUGACAAAAUAAUGACAAAUCUAUUUUAAUCCCACUUUGUAACACAACAAAAUGUGGAAAGAGUAAAGGGGUGUGAAUACUUUCUGAAGGCACUGUAUGACUGUCUGUGUGUGUAGACAACCAGGACCCGUCUUUGAACAGUCUGUCGGUGAUGACGGCCCAGGACCCCAGGAGCACCAUGUCUCAUGAUUCCAGCUCCCGCUCCCAGCAGAGUGGCCAGAGUGGCUGGAUCAACACUUACCCUCUGUCCUCUGGCAUGUCCACCGCCUCCAAGAAGUCAGGUAACACACACACACGGACAGACGCAAUGCACACACACACACACACACACAGAGAUCUGACCUUGUCCUUUCUGUCCCCAGGCAUGUCUAAGAAGAGUAACAGAGGGACUCAGCUCCAUAAGUACUACAUGAAGCGCCGGACCCUGCUGCUGGCCUUACUGGUGAGAGCUACAGUGGGGAUUUUUACUGUGGAAGGUUUCAGUUCAGACACAGUGAAAACCUUGACAGGAACAUUCCCUUUGACUCUCCCUCCUUGCUAUUGAAUUACUGUUAGUCUACAUUCUAACCGUCCACUUUGUUGCUAGGACUGAUGUCCUUCCUCUCUCUCUCCCUCCCACUCUCUCUCCGUCCCUCCCUCCCCCUCUCUAGGCCAGUGAGAUUGAGCGGUUGACUACGUGGUACAACCCUCUGUGCACCCAGGAGUUGGCCAUCGCUACAGAACAGUCAGUGGAGACAAGCAUCGCCAACUGGAGGUCCAAGUACAUCAGCCUCAGUGAGAAACAAUGGAAAGACAACGUCAACCUGGCCUGGAGUAUAGCUCCUUAUCUGGCUAUGCAGCUACCUGCCAGGUAUACACACAUAGUCUCACACAGACACAUAUACCCGGAGGGGAAACAUGGAAAAGCUUUAGAUUGGUUCCACCUGAAUAAUAAUUGUUGUGUUCAGGUUUAAGAACGAUUCGAUCGUGGCUGAGGUGACCCGGCUGGUGAGGCUGGACCCUGGAGCAGUUAGCGACGUACCUGAGGCUGUCAAGGUGAGUCGACUGCUGAACUACAGGUUAUCUGCUACACAGGAGUGGCCAAUGCUUAUCAUACCUCAAAGAUGUUUGUUGAAAUAAAUGUUUUUUAUGUCAGAGCCGCAAAGUUCAGGUUUAAAAGUGAUGGUGUUUAUAAUUGAACGUUUUUUUGUCAUUCAAAAAAAGUAUAAUUGUGUGUCUGUUUUCCAGUUCCUGGUGACGUGGCACACCAUUGAUGCAGACUCUCCAGAGCUGAGCCAUAUCCUGUGUUGGGCUCCUGCUGACCCUCCCACCGGCCUGUCCUACUUCUCCUCCAUGUACCCCCCGCACCCCCUCACCGCUCAGUACGGGGUCAAAGUACUACGGUCGUUUCCUCCGGUACGAAACACACACACGCACACACACACACACACACACACACACUUUAUACCAUCACUUAUCCCAAUGUAUUUGUUUCUUCUCUAGGAUGCCAUCUUGUUUUACAUUCCUCAGAUAGUUCAGGCCCUGCGCUAUGACAAGGUGAGUGACACUACUAACUAGCUGCUGUGUUUCUACAUUAUCCUAUGUGUGUGUGUGUGAAAGAUAAGUUUGUGUUUGAUUGGCAGAUGGGCUAUGUGAGAGAGUACAUCCUGUGGGCGGCCCAGAAGUCUCAGCUAUUGGCCCACCAGUUCAUCUGGAACAUGAAGACUAACAUCUACCUGGACGAGGAGGCACACCACAAAGACCGUGAGACACACACACACACAUACAGUCACAACCAAAAUUAUUGGCACCCUUGAUAAAGAUGAGCAAAAAAGACUGUAUGAAAUAAAUAAUACAAAUACUGACCAAAUUGAAUGCUCUAAAAAAGGGCUCUAUUUGCAUGUCAUCCACCCAAUGUAAACAGCUGGAGUUUGCUAAACGGCAUUGGCAUUGGAUUGGAACCAAUGCUAUGGUCAGAUGACAUGAAAAUAGAGCUCUUUGACCACGCACACCAGUGGUGGGUUUGGCGUCGAAAGAAGGAUGCAUAUGCAGAAAAGAACCCCAUACCUACUGUAAAAUAUGGUGGUGGAUCUUUGAUGUUAUGGGGUUGUUUUGCUUCCACUGGUCCUGGGGCCCUUGUUAAGGUCCCACGGCAUCAUGAAAUUUACCCAGUACCAGGACAUUUUAGCCAAAGACCUGGGUGCCUCUGCCGGGAGGCUAAUACUUGUUCGCAAGUGGAUCUUCCAGCAAGAAAAUUGUAUUAGUAUACAAUAAUAUAUUUUCCCUGUUUUUUUAGAAUAUACAAUAUACUCAGUGUUUUUAUAAUUGAUUUUAUACAGUCUUUUUUGCUCAUCUUUAUCUCAUCUUUACCAAUAAUUUGGGUUGUGACUGUACUUACACACACACGCACAUACAGUGGGGGAAAAAAGUAUUUAGUCAGCCACCAAUUGUGCAAGUUCUCCCACUUAAAAAGAUGAGAGAGGCCUGUAAUUUUCAUCAAAGGUACACGUCAACUAUGACAGACAAAUUGAGGAAAUAAAAUCCAGAAAAUCACAUUGUAGGAUUUUUUAUGAAUUUAUUUGCAAAUUAUGGUGGAAAAUAAGUAUUUGGUCACCUACAAACAAGCAAGAUUUCUGGCUCUCACAGACCUGUAACUUCUUCUUUAAGAGGCUCCUCUGUCCUUCACUCGUUACCUGUAUUAAUGGCACCUGUUUGAACUUGUUAUCAGUAUAAAAGACACCUGUCCACAACUUUCAAACAGUCACACUCCAAACUCCACUAUGGCCAAGACCAAAGAGCUGUCAAAGGACACCAGAAACAAAAUUGUAGACCUGCACCAGGCUGGGAAGACUGAAUCUGCAAUAGGUAAGCAGCUUGGUUUGAAGAAAUCAACUGUGGGAGCAAUUAUUAGGAAAUGGAAGACAUACAAGACCACUGAUAAUCUCCCUCGAUCUGGGGCUCCACGCAAGAUCUCACCCCGUGGGGUCAAAAUGAUCACAAGAACGGUGAGCAAAAAUCCCAGAACCACACAGGGGGACCUAGUGAAUGACCUGCAGAGAGCUGGGACCAAAGUAACAAAGCCUACCAUCAGUAACACACUAUGCCGCCAGGGACUCAAAUCCUGCAGUGCCAUACGUGUCCCCCUGCUUAAGCCAGUACAUGUCCAGGCCCGUCUGAAGUUUGCUAGAGUGCAUUUGGAUGAUCCAGAAGAGGAUUGGGAGAAUGUCAUAUGGUCAGAUGAAACCAAAAUAGAACUUUUUGGUAAAAACUCAACUCGUCGUGUUUGGAGGACAAAGAAUGCUGAGUUGCAUCCAAAGAACACCAUACCUACUGUGAAGCAUCGGGGUGGAAACAUAAUGCUUUGGGGCUGUUUUUCUGCAAAGGGACCAGGACGACUGAUCCGUGUAAAGGAAAGAAUGAAUGGGGCCAUGUAUCGUGAGAUUUUGAGUGAAAACCUCCUUCCAUCAGCAAGGGCAUUGAAGAUUAAACGUGGCUGGGUCUUUCAGCAUGACAAUGAUCCCAAACACACCGCCCGGGCAACGAAGGAGUGGCUUCGUAAGAAGCAUUUCAAGGUCCUGGAGUGGCCUAGCCAGUCUCCAGAUCUCAACCCCAUAGAAAAUCUUUGGAGGGAGUUGAAAGUCCGUGUUGCCCAACAACUGCCCCAAGACAUCACUGCUCUAGAGGAGAUCUGCAUGGAGGAAUGGGCCAAAAUACCAGCAACAGUGUGUGAAAACCUUGUGAAGACUUACAGAAAACGUUUGACCUGUGUCAUUGCCAACAAAGGGUAUAUAACAAAGUAUUGAGAAACUUUUGUUAUUGACCAAAUACUUAUUUUCCACCAUAAUUUGCAAAUAAAUUCAUUAAAAAUCCUAUAAUGUGAUUUUCUGGAGAAAAAAAUUCUCAAUUUGUCUGUCAUAGUUGACGUGUACCUAUGAUGAAAAUUACAGGCCUCUCUCAUCUUUUUAAGUGGGAAAACUUGCACAAUUGUUGGCUGACUAAAUACUUUUUUCCCCCACUGUAUGUACACACAUGCACACUCACUCUUACCACUCCUUCCUCUCUCCCUCUCUCUCGCUGUCUCUCUCUCUCUCGCUCUCUCUCUCUCUCUCUCUCUCUCUCUCUCUCUCUCUCUCUCUCUCUCUCUCUCUCUCUCUGUGUAGCUGACAUCGGGGAUCUGUUGGAGGAGAUGGUUGAGGAGAUAAUAGGCUCUCAGUCUGGUGCAGCUAAAGACUUCUUCCAGAGAGAGUUUGACUUCUUCGACAAAAUCACCAACGUAUCUGCCAUCAUUAAGUAAGACUAACACCCAUUGUGGCAAAUCUAAUCUGAAAUCGCACUCUAUUCCCUAUAUAGUCCGCUACUGUUAACCAAUUUGUGUUUGGACGUUGAAGUGUUGGUGUUUUUCAGGCCCACCCCAAAGGGAGAUGAGAGGAAGAGAGCGUGUCUCAAAGCUCUGUCUGACAUCAAAGUGCAGCCAGGUAACAACAGCUAGGUCACAUUCAUUUGAUUUUCUCAACUCCUCCGUCCUCUCUCUCCUCCGUCCUCUCUCUCCUCCGUCCUCUCUCCUCCGUCCUCUCUCUCCUCCAUUUGAAAAAGGUCAAAGGUAAUCGAGGAGAGGCGGCAAGGAGAGGGAACGUGGGUGAAAAUGCGCUUGUAUGAAUUGAGAAUCUCCUUCUCCACUCACGCGUCAUCAGGCAAAUGACGUUUACAGGGGUGGAUCCCAAAAUAAAUGUGUAAAGUGAUAAAUACAAAUUAAGUUAGUUGUGCAAGACAUUUGAUAGAUAAAAGGAUAAGUGGCAUAUUGUCUUUAAACGUAUGCAUGCUUUCAAAGGGGGUAUGCAUGCUUUCAAAAGCUGAUUCAAAGGGGGUGUGGCAGAUUUUUUAAUUAUUCCACAAAGGAUUCCGAUAGGAUACACAUGACUGUCCUCAAUGAAAGGUGGCUAUCGAGGAGGGGAGGACACUUUUCCAUUCGCCUACUAACGAAUUGACAUCUCCUCAACCACUUAUCAGUUUCCUGGUCACAGAGGAGAGAGGACGGGGGACAGAGGGUGGAGGACGAACUCUUGCCCAAAUUAGAAAAGGCCUAUGUCUGUGUGGGUGGGGGUGCAUGUUUGAUUACAGUGAGGUGUAUUGUAAGUAUGUGAAUAGUUUUGCCCUAGGUGUUUUGACCUCUGUAAGCGGUUGAUUCCUAUAUCUGUGAUUGUGCUAAGUGGAAGCAGUAGUGUAAGGUGUAUGUGUGUGUCCCCCGGUGGCCAUCCUCCAGGCUGCUACCUGCCCAGUAACCCAGAGGCCAUCGUACUAGACAUCGACUACAAGUCUGGAACACCUAUGCAAAGGUACUGACUCACUGAUUUUAUUCAUUUGAUUGAUUAAUUGAUUGAUUAAUUGAUGAUUGUCAUGCCUGACCAAGACCUUCCAGUUGAAACGUUGCAAUAAAGCAUACAGGAGCAUUCAAUGGUGUGUGGAAAUCUAUUCCUUUCUCCGCCUAUUUCAAGAAAGUAAUUGAAACCCAUCUCACAGGAUGUACAGUAUAUCUGACUGCUGUCUCCGGUCUCCCCCAGUGCUGCCAAGGCCCCGUAUCUAGCUAAGUUUAAGGUGAAGCGUUGUGGGGUCAGUGAGCUGGAGAAGGAGGGUCUGCGUUGUCAGUCAGACUCUCAGGACGGGGAGGACGGCGAAGACGUAGCUCGCAGGAUCGUCUGGCAAGCUGCCAUCUUUAAAGUGGGCGACGACUGCAGACAGGUACGAUAGAUAGACCAACACACACACACACCACAAGCAUAUUUGACAUACUCAGCACUUAUAAACAAUACAAAAAACGCAGUCAGCAUUUUUUCAUAAUUGUAUUCUCUCCAUACCUCUUUUCUUUCCCUCCCUCUGUCUUCCUCUCUCUUUGUCCUUCCAGGACAUGCUGGCUCUCCAGAUCAUUGGUCUGUUUAAGAACAUCUUCCAGCUGGUGGGACUGGACCUGUUUGUGUUUCCAUACAGAGUGGUGGCUACAGCCCCUGGGGUAAGAAUACCCUCCACACCCCUUUUUGCAGGCCUACGGAUCAAUUUCGAAAUUGCACCUGGUGUAUUCUACUAUUCUAACUGAACAGUAAGUUAAGACCGUGACUUUUUUACCCAGUCGCAAUCUCAACUUACUGUUCAGAGUUAGAAUAGUAGAAUACACCAGGUGCAAUUUAGAUUUUUUUCUCUUAUGUCAGUCACUGCCAGUCACUCAAUUGGCCCAUGUCAGCUAAGAUUUAUUUUAUUGGUAAAUUAGUCUAGCCAGCUAUCUAAACUUGUCGUAAUCAUGGUCGAUUUACCGACGUGGGGGUCCCCCAUUGAUUUUGUUAGUCACUGUCACUCAUAUAUCAUAUUAAAGACUGCAAAUACAUGUAUUUCUCUCCGCCCCAUGGCAAAAUGAGUAGAAUUGCAUGAAGUUAGUUAUAAAAUUGCUAAAUCUUCUCUAAAACUUCCAUUUUUACUUUCUGCUGUCAGGGGGGGGGGGGGGGGGGGGGGCGCUAAAAUGUCUACACCCUAACCCUUAGACUUUACCCUUUGUCUUGUUACUCUGUGCUGUGUAGCAUCACAGUAAUGGUUUCCCUGUAUCUGUCUCUAUGUCCAGUGUGGUGUGAUCGAGUGUAUCCCCGACUGUAAGUCCCGUGACCAGCUGGGCAGACAGACAGACUUUGGGAUGUACGACUAUUUCAGGAACCAGUACGGAGAUGAGUCCACUCUGGCCUUUCAGAAGGUGAGAUGUCUGUGCCCCAACCCCUGAACCCUCAUCCCUGACCUGACCCUCUGUGGUAUUUCUUCACUUAUUUAGCAAUAUACUUACAGUGCCUUCAGAAGGUAUUCACACCACUUGACUUUCUCCACAUUUUGUUGUUACAGCCUGAAUUUAAAAUGGAUUAGAUUGAGAUUUUAUUUUGUCACUGGCCUACACACAGUACCCCAUAAUGUCAAAGUAGAAUUAUGUUUUUCAAAAUGUUUACUAAUGAAUGAAAAGCUGAAAUGUCUUCAGUCAAUAGUAUUCAACCCCUUUGUUAUGGCAAGCCUAAAUAUGUUCAGGAGUAAACAUUUCCUUAACAAGUCACAUAAUAAGUUACAUGGACUCAAUACACCCAAUCACUAGAAAGAUACAGGCAUCCUUCCUAAACCGCUCAGGGAUUUCACCAUGAGGCCAAUGAUGACUUUAAAACAGUUACAUAGUUUAAUGGCUGUGAUAGGAGAAAACUAAGGAUGGAUCAACAACAUUGUAGUUACUCCACAAUACUAACCUAAUUGACAGAGUGAAAAGAAGGAAGCCUGUACAGAAUAACAUCCUGUUUGCAACAAGGCACUAAAGUAAUACUGCAAAUAAUUUGAUAAAGCAUUUCACUUUUUGUCUUGAAUACAAAGUGUUAUGUUUGGGGCAAAUCCAAUACAACACAUUACUGAGUACCACUCUCUAUAUUUUCAAGCAUAGUGUUGGCUGCAUCAAGUUAUGGGUAUGCUUGUAAUUGUUAAGGACUGGAGUUUUUCAGGAUAAAAAAGAAACAGAAUGGAGCUAAGCACAGGCAAAAUCCUAGAGAAAAGCCUGGUUCAGUCUGCUUUCCACCAGACACUGGGAGAUCUUUCAGCAGGACAAUAACCUAAAACACAAGGCCAAAUCUACACUGGAGUUGCUUACUAUGAAGACAGUGAAUGUUCCUGAGUGGCCGAGUUAGUUUUGACUGAAAUCUACUUGAAAAUCUAUGGCAAGACCUGAAAAUGGUUGUCUAGCAAUGAUCAACAACCAAUUUGACAGAGCUUGAAUACUUUUUUAAAUAAUAAUGGGCAAAUGUUGCACAAUCAAGGUGUGGAACACUAGAGACUUACCUAGAAAGACUCACAGCUGUAAAUGAGAUAUUUCUGUAUUUCAUUUUCAAUACAUUUGCUAAAAUGUCUAAAAACAUGUUUUCACUUUGUCAUUAUGGGGUAUUGUGUGUAGAUGGGUGAGGGGGAAAAAUAUAUAUAUUUAAUCAAUUUUGAAUUCAGGCUGUAACCCAACAAAAUGUUGAAUAGUUCAAGGGGUAUGAAUACUUUCUGAAGGCACUGAAUGUUUAUUGUCAUUAAAAUGGACCAGUUGCCUUAAUAUACAAACAUUGUGUUUAGAAGGCGCAACCUAUUCUCUCUCUCCCUCGCCCACACUUUCUAGGCGAGGUACAACUUCAUCCGUAGUAUGGCAGCCUACAGCCUGCUGCUCUUCCUACUGCAAAUCAAAGAUAGACACAACGGGAACAUCAUGCUGGACAGCAAGGGACACCUCAUCCACAUAGGUACAAAAUCAUCCAUAACAUAGUCCACAUGUUAUCCUUAACCUCAUCCACACAAUCAUUCAUUUAAUAUAGCAAGGGACACUUUAUUUCUCUUUGGGACAAGAAAGAUAAUCAUUUAAUUUACAGUGGGGUCUGAAAUGAUGGACACCCUUGAUGAGCAAUAAUGACUGUAUAAAGUAAAAUGAACAUACUGAGGUAUAUUGUAUGGGGGGAAAUUAUAUUAUUUUAUACUAAUACAAUUUCUCAGAGAAAGAGAUUUUGUUUUAACAAGUAAUAAAAAAUGUUUAUCAAAAAGUUAUUGUAUAAACAAAGUGAAGACUCAAACGGACAAGUAGUGAAAACUCAAACCAAGUUUAUUCAACCUACUGGGUGGCUCAGCUGCAAGCACACUUUGCACAUGAUCAAACAACCAUUUAUAUGUCAACUUCUUGGAACUUCUUAUGUGUUGCCCAACUGUUGCGCUGUUAUCUUUGAGGUUGAGCAGUCUGGUAGCAGUUCCUCUUUAUGCAGUCACUUCUCCAUGAUGUUUAUCAGUGACAUCCAGUAAAUUCCCAUUCACAAAGUUCCUAUUCACCCUUCAUUGACACCUAACACCAACAACAUUUGAUUUGAACAUGUACAUGUAUUAUACAUGUAACGUAAUGAAUAAGUUCUAAUAUAGUGACUGGAAUAGGUAUAUUUCAAGUUAGAACCCAACACCCCUAAAUAUUCUAAUAAAUAAAGUAGUCAAAAGUUUAAUAUUUGUUGGAUGCAUUUGCAGUUCGUUUUGGUUGUUUCUCUGAUUAUUUUGUGCCCAAUAGAAAUGAAUGGUAAAUCAUGUAUUGUGUCAUUUUGGAGUCACUUUUAUUGUAAUUAAGAAUAUAAUGUUCCUUAACAUCUAAAUGAAUGUGGACACUACCAUGAUUAUGGAUAAUCCUGAAUGAAUCGUGAAUAAUGAUGAGUGAGAAAGGGUCACAGAUCAUACCCCCAAGACACGCUAACCUCCCCUGUUAUUGGUAAUGGUGAGAGGUCAUGUCAAUAAUUUUGACACCUACCUUUUUGAGAAAAACGAAUAUUACUUGUUUAAACAAAAUCUCUUUCUCUGAGUAAUUGUAUUAGUAUGAGAAAAAAUAAGAAACCCGCACACUACUCUUGCUACGAUCACUGCUCUUUAUUAAGCUUUGCGUAUCGGCCUCAAGGCCUUCGUCAGAGCUUUUGUGGGUGUUCACAACCUGCACCCCUAUGUAGACAUUGCUCCACCCACAUCCGUUCAAUGCAUCGAAUGGGGUUGGAGUCGAGGGAAAAUAAGUAAGUGUUACCAAAUAUAACAAUGUGCAUUUCAUAAGUAUUCUAAUAAAGUGUGUACAUAAAACGUAUCAAACAAGACUGUAAAACCACAAUGAGGACAUCGACCUAUCAAGUAAGUUUUCAUAAAUUAUUGGGUAUUGUGCAAGAAAAAACGUCAGCGUAGUCUGAAGUGGCGGCAUUAAUUCAUGUUCACAUUUACAGCAUAACAUGCAUGGGCUUUUCAUCAUUAAGACCUUUUGGGAAUAAUGUCUGGAGGGUGAAAAUCCCAAAAUAUUAUAUUUUGCUUAGAGGAUUAUUUAUAUAAUGUGGAAUAGGUCAAGGGGUAUGAAUUUCUAGGCGAGGUACAACUUCAUUCUCUUUUGCUCAGAGUAUUAUUUAUAUCACCUACCCUGUCUGAUAUCUUGACUUUCUCUAUGCUACAAAAUACUUUCAGACUUUGGCUUCAUGUUUGAGAGUUCUCCUGGUGGUAAUCUGGGCUGGGAGCCGGACAUCAAGCUCACUGAUGAGAUGGUGAUGAUCAUGGGAGGCAAGAUGGAGGCCACUCCCUUCAAAUGGUUCAUGGAGAUGUGUGUCAGGGGAUACCUGGCCGUCAGGUAAGAGUGUGUGUGUAUGUGUGGGUGUGUCUCAAUCUUAUUUGCAUCUAAACUGUCGUUCUUUGGGUUUAGCUGAUUUUUGUUUUUCCUCUCUCCGUCAGGCCCUACAUGGAUGCAGUGGUGUCUCUGGUCACUCUGAUGCUGGACACUGGACUACCAUGCUUCAGAGGACAGACCAUCAAACUGCUCAAGUCAGUAUAUCAAUAAACCACAUGGGAGCAUAGAUUACAUUUUGCAAAGUCUCUUUUGACCAUUUCUGAACAUGUGUGUUUGUGUUCACAGGCAGCGGUUCAACCCCAGUAUGAGUGAGAAGGAGGCGGCUGCUUUCAUCAUCAAGGUCAUCCAGAGCUGCUUCCUCAGCAGCAGGUAACACCAAUGGCUCUGUCCCAUUCCAGUAUCUAGUGCCUUUCCUUACUCUAUGGCCCUGUCCCAUUUUAGCCCCUCGCUCCUUUCCUCACUCUAUGGCCCUUGUCCCAUUCCAGUCUCUAGGUUCUUUCCUCGCGCCUAUAACCCCAUCUCAGUCACAGGAAAUAUCUAUAUACAUGCUAACUAACUGUCUAUAUACAUGUUAUACGUGCUAACUACAAUGAGGGAAAAAAGUAUUUGAUCCCCUGCUGAUUUUGUACGUUUGCCCACUGACAAAGAAAUGAUCAGUCUAUAAUUUUAAUGGUAGGUUUAUUUGAACAGUGAGAGACAGAAUAACAACAAAAAAACGCAUGUCAAAAAUGUUAUAAAUUGAUUUUCAUUUUAAUGAGGGAAAUAAGUAUUUGACCCCUCUGUCAGAAAGAUUUCUGGCUCCCAGGUGUCUUUUAUACAGGUAACGAGCUGAGAUUAGGAGCACACUCUUAAAGGGAGUGCUCCUAAUCUCAGCUUGUUACCUGUAUAAAAGACACCUGUCCACAGAAGCAAUCAAUCAAUCAGAUUCCAAACUCUCCACCAAGACCAAAGAGCUCUCCAAGGAUGUCAGGGACAAGAUUGUAGACCUACACAAGGCUGGAAUGGGCUACAAGACCAUCGCCAAGCAGCUUGGUGAGAAGGUGACAACAGUUGGUGCGAUUAUUCGCAAAUGGAAGAAACACAAAAGAACUGUCAAUCUCCCUCGGCCUGGGGCUCCAUGCAAGAUCUCACCUCGUGGAGUUGCAAUGAUCAUGAGAACGGUGAGGAAUCCGCCCAGAACUACACGGGAGGAUCUUGUCAAUGAUCUCAAGGCAGCUGGGACCAUAGUCACCAAGAAAACAAUUGGUAACACACUACGCCGUGAAGGACUGAAAUCCUGCAGCGCCCGCAACGUCCCCCUGCUCAAGAAAGCACAUAUACAGGGCCGUCUGAAGUUUGCCAAUGAACAUCUGAAUGAUUCAAAGGAGAACUGGGUGAAAGUGUUGUGGUCAGAUGAGACCAAAAUCGAGCACUUUGGCAUCAACUCAACUCGCCGUGUUUGGAGGAGGAGAAAUGCUGCCUAUGACCCCAAGAACACCAUCCCCACCGUCAAACAUGGAGGUGGAAACAUUAUGCUUUGGGGGUGUUUUUCUGCUAAGGGGACAGGACAACUUCACCGCAUCAAAGGGAAGAUGGAUGGGGCCAUGUACCGUCAAAUCUUGGGUGAGAACCUCCUCCCCUCAGCCAGGGCAUUGAAAAUGGGUCGUGGAUGGGUAUUCCAGCAUGACAAUGACCCAAAACACACGGCCAAGGCAACAAAGGAGUGGCUCAAGAAGAAGCACGUUAUGGUCCUGGAGUGGCCUAGCCAGUCUCCAGACCUUAAUCCCAUAGGAAAUCUGUGGAGGGAGCUGAAGGUUCGAGUUGCCAAACGUCAGCCUCAAAACUUUAAUGACUUGGAGAAGAUCUGCAAAGAGGAGUGGAACAAAAUCCCUCCUGAGAUGUGUGCAAACCUGGUGGCCAACUACAAGAAAUGUCUGACCUCUGUGAUUGCCAACAAGAGUUUUGCCACCAAAUACUAAGUCAUGUUUUGCAGAGGGGUCAAAUACUUAUUUCCCUCAUUGAAAUGCAAAUCAAUUUAUAACAUUUUUGACAUGAGUUUUUCUGGAUUUUUUUGUUGUUAUUCUGUCUCUCACUGUUCAAAUAAACCUACCAUUAAAAUUAUAGACUGAUCAUGUCUUUGUCAGUGGUCAAACGUACAAAAUCAGCAGGGGAUCAAAUACUUUUUUCCCUCACUGUAACUGUCUGUACACACACACUAUACAUGCUAACUAACUAUAUAUAUACAGAUGUUAUACAUGCUAACUAACUGUCUGUAUACACAUGCUAUACAUGCUAACUGUAUACAUGCUAUAAAUGCUAACUAACUGUCUGUAUACACAUGCUAUACAUGCUAACUGUAUGCAUGCUAUAAAUGCUAACUAACUGUCUGUAUACACAUGCUAUACAUGCUAACUGUAUACAUGCUAUAAAUGCUAACUAACUGUAUACACAUGCUAUACUUGCUUACUGUCUGUAUACACAUGCUAUACUAGCUUACUGUCUGUAUACAUGUGCUAUACAUGCUAACUAACUGUCUAUAUACACAUGCUAUACAUGUUAACUAACUGUCUAUAUACACAUGCUAUACAUGCUAACUGUCUGUUUUCUCUGUCUGUCUUUCUUCAGGAGCAAGACCUACGAUAUGCUGCAGUAUUACCAGAACCAGAUCCCAUACUAAAGACCUGCUGCAGUAUUAUCACAUACUUGGACCUGUCUGAUAUGAGUCCUUAUUCCCUAUAUAGGCAGUAACAUCUGCUUUAUUGUAUUUGUAAGGUCAGAGGUUGUCCUGUACAAAGUAAUUAUAUUCGGCUAGCUAGCUAGCAUCAAGCAUCUUGUGCACUUUAUAGAUCAUCGUAUUUCACCCACCUGAUUGGACCCUGAUCAAGAGCUGUUACACCAGACUAGAGAAUUCACAUUAACCUAUCAAUCAACUAACCAACCAACCAAUCGGCCGAUUCCUGCGAAAGGCAAUCACACAACCGGUUACUGAACUCCAAUACAAUCAGCAAAUCUCACUGUCAUAAUACAUAUCACAUAUCAAUCAUAUACUAAUACUGUGUGUGUGUGUGUGUGUGUGGGUGUCUUUAGUAGUCAAAAGCGAUAAGAGUAGAUCUUCUCUCGGGGGACAUUUCUAAUGGUGGCGCUAGUGACUAUAUCUGUCUUGAGUCAAUCACAUACUGUGUGUGUGUGUGUGUGUGUGUGUGUGUGUGUGUGUGUGUGUGUGUGUGUGUGUGUGUCCGUGUGUAUCAGCUCCAAG